ACAAGAUAUAGACAUUAGACUUAAAAGAAAUGGGAGUUGUCUUGCUCACUUCAAGUCAAUGCCACAGCCACCUAGACGGAGUAUUAGUGACUCUAACGUGUUGAUAGUUGACGAGAAAAACUAUAACCGUGCUGAACAGGCAGAGAAACAUGCUGGCUGGAUAGAGAUGAUGACUCUAGAACAGAAAAAAGUAUACUCGGAGAUAAUGGAUGCUGUAUUAACUAAAAGGGGAGGAGCAUUCUUUGUAUACGGAUUUGGUGGUACUGGUAAAACGUUUUUAUGGAAAACACUAUCUGCUGCAUUAAGGAAAGACGGUGAGAUUGUCCUAAAUGUUGCAUCCAGUGGUAUAGCAUCGCUUUUAUUAGCAGGAGGUAGGACUGCUCAUUCUAGAUUUGGGAUUCCAUUAAUUUUGGAUGAGCUUUCAACAUGUAGAAUGAAACCAAGUUCAGAUUUAGGGAAAUUGGUUAGAGAAGCUUCUCUAAUAAUCUGGGACGAAGCACCUAUGAUGAGUAAGUACUGUUUUGAGUCAUUGGAUAGAAGCUUGAAGGAUGUUGUUGAAAAUGGUCAUAGCAAACCUUUUGGAGGAAAAGUUGUAGUAUUUGGAGGAGAUUUCAGACAAGUUCUUCCAGUCAUAACUGGUGGUUCUAGGACAGAAAUAGUUAUGGCUACAUUAAAUUCAUCAUAUCUUUGGGAUCAUUGCAAAGUACUAAAACUUACAAAGAAUAUGCGUCUGCUGGCAAAGGAUAUCAGUGUUGAAAAGGCGACCAAAAUUAAAGAAUUUUCAGAAUGGAUAUUGGAUGUCGGAGAUGGAAAAAUUGCAGAGCCAAAUGAUGGGGUAGCAGAAAUAGAUAUUCCUGAAGGUAUGCUUAUUACAGAAGCCACUAAUCCUAUAGAAGCUAUAAGCAAAGAGGUAUAUGGUGAUCCACAAUUUUUGAAAGAAAAGAAUGAUCCUAAGUUUUUUCAAGCCAGAGCUAUACUCGCUCCAACAAAUGAGGAUGUCUAUCAGAUAAAUGAGUAUAUGCUAGAUCAAAUGGAAGGUGAUGAGAGAAUCUAUCUUAGUGCAGAUAGUUUGGACCCGUCUGACAAAGUGUCCAAGAAUAACCCCAUCUUCACUCCAGAUUUCCUCAACAGUAUCAAACUUUCAGGCUUGCCCCACCAUAGGUUAAGAUUGAAGAUUGGUUGUCCAGUAAUGUUGCUAAGGAACAUAGAUCCUACCGGAGGUCUAAUGAAUGAAACAAGACUACAAAUAACUCAAAUGGCUGAAUUUGUGAUCGAGGCUAUAGUUAUAACUGGUGAUCGUGUAGGGGAUAAAGUAGUCAUUCCUAGGUUGUUGAUAAUACCAUCGGAUACAAGAUUGCCUUUCAAGAUGAGGAGAAGACAGUUGCCAAUUUCAGUUGCAUUUGCGAUGACAAUCAACAAAAGUCAGGGGCAGUCUUUGGAGAAUGUAGGAUUGUUUUUACCUAGACCAGUAUUUUCACAUGGCCAGCUCUAUGUUGCUAUAUCUAGGGUUACAUCAAGAAAAGGAUUGAAAGUAUUGAUACUUGAUGAAGAUGGAAAGCCACAGAAGAAAACUAUGAAUGUAGUGUUCAAAGAAGUUUUCCAGAAUAUUUGUUAAUCAGACAGAAAUCAGCUUCAGCCAUUUUCGACUUAUAAGUUAAGGUGCUCAUGCGUGAUUUCACUCUUAUUUUGAUUCUUUUAAAUUUCAGACUUUAAUAAUACAUUUUCACAUUUGAAACAGGAUUUGGAUCUUCCUCAAGCUUAUGAGAAGUUUUUAAAGAAUUGGAUGUUAGCAGUUUUCGUUACAUCUAUUUGUUAUUUAAUAAUAGUAUAGGUUUCUUCUAUACAAUAAAUAAGGGGUUCUUAAAAACAUUUUGAUAAUUAGGAUGUUCUGGCAAUUUGAAAAACUGUUUUUCGUAUUCUAUGGAAAUUUUUUUAUAUUUCACAGAACAGUUUUCAAACUGAUUAUUAUGACUUGGGUUAUACUAACUGAAAACACGGUA